UUUACUACUGUGCUACCUACCUAUAUCGGCAUGCUUUUCGUGGAUUGGCAGCAUCGCAGCCCAUAUCAGCGAAUGCCAAGUUCUAGCACAGCCUUUACCAACCAAUUGAAAGUUCUUCAAAAGAAACGUUCCUCAAAUCGGAUUUCCUCAGGAUUAGCGGGCUGUUAAGUUGUCGGAGAACCGUAGUACCGGAUGUGUGUUAUGUUACUUUCUUGUUGAGUGGAUGUUACUUUCUUCUUUGAUACUGGUCCUGUGUAAAGCGAUUUUAACAUUGUGCACAUCUAAUUGCACUAACUGCGGCCUGACAGUACUUACUUAUUCGACCAACGCUAUGGCUCAAGUACUAACCACAGCCAGUGGUCAGCCUCAGAUCGUCACGGCAAACGGCCAGCAGUUCAUCCUGCAAGCGGUGCCAGCCCAAGCCACUGCUACGAAUCCUACCACAGUGUCUAUCCAAACUUCUCCCGGACAGGUGUUAACAGCAGGCCAAACGCUAAUUGGAUCGGAUGGGCAACAGUACUUUAUAACCACUGGAACACCUAACCUUGGGACAACACAACCUGUAAAUCUCCAGACAACCGAUGGCCAACCUUUUUUAGCCAGACUUCUGACGAAUCUUAAUGAUGUGGCUAAUUCUGGUGGGAAGAACUGCUGGCUGGAAUUCCCAAGCCAGCAAGUCUUUCAUUUAUCAGGCGGCGGAGGCCAGGUGGAUCUCUCCGGAUUGACGGUUGGAACGUCCGCGAAAGUGGAAGAAGACGAGCCUUUAUAUGUGAAUGCCAAACAGUACCAUCGGAUUCUCAAGCGUCGUCAAGCUCGAGCUAAACUAGAAGCCCAAGGUCUUAUAUCAAAAGAGCGUCAGAAAUACUUGCAUGAAUCCCGGCACCGACACGCUGUGAAGCGAGUGCGUGGAGAAGGAGGUCGCUUUUCGUCUGCCUCAAAAACAGGCGACGGAGAUUAGCGGAUACUGAUCCUAUCGGCGUUGCGGAUGGUUUUUAUCUGAAACAGUGUUGACUCUUCUCACUGCAACUUUCAAGUUCUCUGACUAUCGUCUGAAGUUUUUAUGCACUGCGCUUUAUUAUGCUGUACUUGUAAAAUUUUAUAUUUGAUGUGUCAUGAGCUAAGACGUUUUUCGUUUAGAAGCACAUUUUGUAUAUUGCUAUAUUAGUAAAUACAUGUUGGUA